UUUUCGUUUUUAAGCAGCAAAUUAUCACAGACACGCAAAGAGUGAGAUAGACAAGAGAGUACUCGUUGAGGUCUUAUCGUUAUUGGGUUAUUAAUGGGAUGAUUGUGUUAAGCAAAAUCAUCGACGGUGCAUUUUGAUUCGUUUGGUGCCCAAACGCCAAAGAAAACGAAACAAGAAAUCUGGCAAAUCUUGGCGGAUUGAGGGCUCGCUUGUCGUUGAAGCAAACAAUUUCCGACUACAACGACGACGACGAGGAGUGCAGGCCUUGGCGUCGCAGGCUUUUCAUGGCAUUCACGUGGGGCUCCGCGCUCAGGAUCACCCUCCUCCUCUUACUCCUCGCCGCCGUGGUCGUCGCUUGCUUCACUCUCCCCGUCGAAAAGAUUCUGAAGGACUUCUUAUUAUGGGUUGAGCAGGAUCUUGGACCUUGGGGUCCACUUAUGCUGGCUGUUGCCUACAUUCCUCUGACAGUCUUGGCAGUUCCAGCAUCAGUAUUAACUCUUGGUGGUGGUUAUCUUUUCGGGUUGCCUGUGGGUUUUGUUGCCGAUUCUAUUGGUGCUAGCAUUGGUGCAGGGGCUGCAUUCCUUCUCGGCAGAACAAUAGGGAAACCAUUUGUUGUUUCCAAGUUGAAGGAUUAUCCACAGUUCCGGUCAGUUGCGAUUGCAAUUAAUAGAUCUGGAUUUAAGAUUGUUUUGCUGCUUCGGCUUGUUCCCUUACUGCCAUUUAACAUGUUGAAUUAUCUCCUAUCUGUGACUCCUGUUCCAAUUGGGGAAUACAUGCUGGCUUCCUGGUUGGGAAUGAUGCCAAUAACACUUGCAUUAGUUUAUGUUGGAACAACUCUCAAGGAUCUUUCUGAUGUGACACAUGGAUGGAGUGAGUUUUCAAAGACUCGUUGGGCAUUCAUCAUAUUGGGCCUUGCAGUAUCUGUGGUUCUGAUGAUUUGUGUUACAAAAGUUGCCAAGGCUGCUUUGGAAAAAGCUUUGGCUGAAAAUGAGGAUAUUGAAGGUGUGUUAGCAUCGCCCCAGCUGCCCGUUGUGGCUGAACCACCUGUGGAUCUCAACCAGCCUCUCAUAAUCAAGAUAGACCCUUCUGAAGACGAUUGUGGAAAAUGAAAUAAAUGUUGUGUGUAAAUUCUUCCCCUACCUUCUUUUAAAGGUCAUUAUCUGUUUUUAUUUUCGUCAUUUGAUGCUUUCAGUGCUUUUUACUCGUGAUCUGUACAGUUCUUGUUCUAGCAAUUCAGUUUUGGACAGAAAUGACUGAUUUUAAGAUUAAGAAUGCAUAAUUUAAGUGUAGUUCAUGCCUUGGAACUGGAAAGUAGAGAUUGAAGGAAUCAAUAAAUUUUUUAGCUUUUAACCUUGAUGUAA